GCACCAACAGCUACUGUCAAGUACACUUACGAAGGCCAGAAGGACUUUCUCAAGCAGAUGAAUCAAGCAAAAUCUAUUGAUAUGCUUGACUUGACAGAACUCAAGAGGAUGUCAAGCAGCUUCAUUGGAAACUGGUAUCCAAAAUGGAAGCCUUGUAAGAAAUUGGACAUUGUUACCAGCUCUAUCUUGGCCGCUACAGAUGAUGUCAAGGCCCUGGAUCUGGGUGAUGGCGAGUGGGCAGGAGAGGACAAGUAUGCGCAAGAUCUGGCGUCUAUGCUGAGGAAGUACAAAGCGACCCUUAGGGAAAUCCGAGUGGCCAAGAGUACCCUAAUUGACCGACACGAGACAGUCGCGAGUCUCAACAAAAAAGGGCGUCAGUCGAGACACGCCCAGAUAAAAAUAUCGAAGUGUAACAUUAUGGGGCUGGUUGCUGGAUUGCCGAAAUUAACCACCUUAAAGCUCACUCUGGAUACUUCGCACUGCGAAAAUUCGGAAUACAACGGGGAGUUCAAUGCCGCCGCGAAAAAGAAGCUGUUUUCCAAGGUUAAUCAGCUCGAGGUGUUUCUGACACCCCGAUGGAUCGAGUGGCACGUUGGUGGGGAGGUUGUAAAUUGCGACAUGGAUGCAGCGAAUACAUCAAAUGAUGAGGACGAGGGUCCCUCAUGUUCCAAAAGGUGGCGUCGAGAGACACAGGAAGACCAGAUGGCUUCAGAUCUCCUGAAGUAUUACAAGCAUGUGAUCUCACACUUCGAUAUGGCGGACUUCCCGAAGACGAAGACAGAUCCACCCAUCCUCGGCCUAAUUAGUGGGCUCACUGCCCUGCGCUCAGUAGUACUCAGAGCAGAAAUGCUUCCCGCUGUAAGUGGACUCCCGCAGCUCCAGACAAUAGAGCUGCAUGUGAGUGGCCGCUUAUCACGUGAGAUCGUCGAGUCACUAGUGGAGCUGUUUGCGACGAAAGGUCCAUUGCAAAACAUCAAGCAUCUAGAUAUCAAAGUGAAGCAGACUCGAAUUGAAGACCAUGUGAGCGCGCUGCUGGGCGCCGUCGCCGGCCACUGCCGCCGCCUUGAGGUGCUCAAGCUGACGGCCAGCGGCUGGCGCGAGGCUGACCUGACUGCGCUGCUGGAGGGCGGCGCGCCCCUGCGGGAGCUUCACCUGUCGCGGUGCGGCGCGGUGCUCCCCGCCCACCUGCCGCUGGUGGCUGCGCUGCCGAAGCUCGUCACUCUGCGACUGCCCAGCCGCCUCUUGGGCAAGCCGGGGGCCGACGCGGUCGCCGACCGCCGCGGCCUCGACCUGCGCUGGGAGUUCUAGUGACAUGACGCGGCGGUGGACUGACGCAGCUGCGCCACGAUUGAGGAUGAGUUAAUCUUCAAUUUCCAAAAAUGUUGACGUAGUGUGAUAAAUGAUGACCUGGUGCAUUCUCGCAAUGUUUUGGACUUUUAGUAAAGUGUUUAAUUAUUUUUUUUACUAUUUCGGUUAUGAAAUAACUACUCAUUUAAUUAACUGACAUUUGUAUCGUCAGAAUGCCCUCUGAUUUAAUAAUGAAGUGUAUUUUCCUACAUUUUGUUCAGUACCUUUUAUAUGUUGAUAUUCUCAAUACAGUCUUGGAGUAUUCUCCGAAUUACUUUGUUAAACGAAAUAUUAAAUGACACUAGUUAAGUACUAGUAUUUUCUCAA